AAGUUAGAAACUUUUCAUUUCAAAGACUUUGUUGGUAUCUCUCCUUUUUCCUUAAAGUCCAUUGUUUCAAACAAUCCUAUUUCUCCCCCAGUUUUGGUAAGCCAUAGAUGGAGAGACAAGUUGUUCAAGGGGGAGGAGAAGAUCCUUGGCUUGCUCCAGACAAAUUCUACCAUGUGAUAUUCUGUUUCUCCAUCUCUAUCCUCUUCUCCACGAUCGCCUCUCUCUCGCGCUACUCCUUUCUACGACGUCACUCCAUCUGGAUCGGAUCUGCGUUCUCACUCUCCGCCGGUGCGGCAAAAGAAGCUGGCGAUCAAUUUGGUAUCUUCCCUUCCGCAGGCGCCUCCGCCAGAGACGCCGUGGCGGACGCAGUUGGAGUUGUGAUUGCUGCUUUGGUUCUCUUCCUUUGGAAAUCUCGUUCUGAAUCCAGUCAAAAACGACCCAUCCUUCCGAUUUGAAUAGAAGAAACAUUGAAAAGCUUGUUAGAGUCCUCCGAGAAUCUCGCAGUUUUAUUUUUAAAAAGGUUGAUCGAUUUGAUCGUCACAGUUUUGGUAAUCUCGUUGAUUCUAAUUGUUGAAAUUCAAAACUUGGAACAAUUUCUAUGAGUGCGACUGUUUGGUUCAUGUAAAUGUUGCUAAAGUAUACAUGUAUGAAACAUUGGCUCGCUAGCCCCCAUUUCGAUCAAGAAGAAACUUCAAGUGAGAAAGUGAGAAUAGUCAGAAGAUCCCAUCUCAUAGAUAAUUGGCUGGACAUCAAAAUUCGAAAACCAAGCAAAAGUUAUAGACUGAUUACUACGUUCAAGCAAAAUGAAAAUUUAGUCAAAACACAAGUCAUGAUGGUCCCAAAG